UAAUCACCCACCCAACCAGUCACUCACCUACACACCCACCCACCCACCCAGUCACCCACCCAGCCACACACCCACGCAUUCAGCAGUGGCCAUGAGCGGCCCGGGCUCCGGCGUUCGCGCCACCCUGGCGAGGAUCGCGGCCGACACCACCGGGUCCCUCCCGGGCUGCGGCGCGACUCCACCCGUGUCCGUGCUGGACAUGCACACGGGCGGCGAGCCGCUGCGGGUCGUGCUGGCCGGCUGGCCCGACGAGGCGGCGCUGGGGCCCGGCGCGGCCGCCACGCGGAGGGCCCUGCUGGCCGGCGCGCGGCACGACGCGGCGCGCCGCCUGCUGAUGAACGAGCCGCGCGGCCACCGGGACAUGUACGGCGCCGUGCUGGCCGAGCCGGCCGAGCCGGGGGCCCACCUGGCGGCCGCCUUCAUGCACAACGAGGGCUGCAGCACCAUGUGCGGCCACGCCGUGCUGGCGCUCGGCCGUUUCGCCGUCGACUUCGGCCUGGCGCCGCCCCCGCCCUCCGCCCCCACGGCGGACGGCGCCGAGCCGGAGACGGAGGUGCGCAUCGAGGUGCCGUGCGGGCUGGUCACCGCGUUUGUGCGGCGCGGCGCCGACGGAGCCAGCGACCCCCACGUCCGCUUCCACAGCGUGCCCGCCUUCGCCUUCUGCCUGGACGAGCUGGUUGCGGUGCCGGGCUACGGACAGCUGGCCGUGGACGUCGCCUACGGCGGCACGUUCUACGCCUUCCUGAGCGCCUCGUCGCUGGGCCUGGACGUCCGCUCGUCGUCCACCAAGGCGCUGGUCGAAGGGGCCACCGCAGUGACGGAGGCGGUGAAGAAGCAGGUGCGGCUCUUCCACCCGGACGGCGAGGAGCUGGCGUUCCUCUAUGGCACCAUCCUCACCGACGGGAGUGACGGAUUCUCGGAGGAGCCCACGGCCAACGUAUGCGUCUUCGCAGACGCCCAGGUGGACCGGAGCCCCACGGGGUCGGGGGUGACGGCCCGCGUCGCCUUGCAGCAUCGCAGGGGCCUCCUGAGCCUUGGCCAGACGCGGCGCUUUGAGAGCGGCACCACGGGCUCCGUGUUCAGCGGCAAGGCCAUCGCGGAGCUGCGAUGCGGCCGGUUCCCAGCCGUGAUCGUGGAGGUCGGCGGAGCGGCACGCUACGUCGGCACGGCGCGCUUCUCCCUGGAGGAGGGCGACCGGCUCGGGGCGGGAUUCCUCCUGAGAUGAGCCGCCCCGUAACGAGGGCACGCGAUCGCCCGGGGCCCUCCGCUACGGUCGAGUGCAGCGGGGACGCUCGCGCUCCGAUUGGAGUCGCGCCGGCCGCUGUGCGCACGGCCACCAGGGGUGCCACCGCGCGAUCGCUGGAAGCGUUCCAGAGAAACUCCACGGGGGCGGCGCUGGCGGCGGGGCUGCCCAGCCCUGGCUUGCUGAUAAAUAGUGUGCAGAUUUUGAAUCAGCACGGACGGUGAUUGCAGAUGAAGCCCAAUUUCCGAAAAAUUGCAGGUGGUGAGGAUGUAUAAUCGCUACUGUUCCUGAAUAAAACUGCAAAUGAAUGAACGCGUAAAAAAAAUUUUACAAACCGAUUUAAAAUAUAACGGCUUGUUUAGGUUUUGGAAAAAAAUCGCCUGCCGAUGUGAACCGUACUUUGGCGGUAAGGUGGAGCCCGAAGGUGGGCACGUCUUCCCCGCGGUUCACAGUCGCUGCCAGAGGGUGCCGUCGCUGCAUUAACGCGCGGGCAAGACACGGGUGGUGGCCGCGCGCGUUCACACACGUGGGUUCAACGCUGGGUCGCGCCGUCGUCACUUUCGAAAAAAAUCCUCCCGUUGCCCGACGAGAUCUCACCGCGCGCGCUGAGCAGCGUGUUCGGCGGCUCUCCGCGCGUUGCAUGGGUAACGAUCAAAACAGCACAACGUGAGCGUGGCUUUAUUGCUCAGCCGAGUACAAACAGAGCCCGGGGAACGGGGCCCUCUGCGCGUCUGCGCGGAGUAAAUUCUCACGCUCGCGUAACGGCUCGCACUGCGUAAAUAAAUGUAUUUGGGGCAGCCUGGCGAAAGCAUAAGCGGAGCCGCGCGCGUCGUUACUUCACGAACGACUGUGGCCAGGCUGGGGUUGCACAGCAAGCUGCCUUGAAUCGGACUAAUUUUGAAUGGUCAUCCUCAGCUUCAUUUGGCCACAAACCGCACUCGUUUGUUUUGCAGAGUGAACAAUAAAAGCAAAGAGGAA